AUGUCUGAGCAUUAUAAUGGAGAUCCUCUUCCUGGAAAUGGUGAAUCAAACAGUCAGGAUCUUCCGGGAAUAGGCAGCAGUUUGCAUCACAUUAACCAUCAAUUUCAUAUAUCGGAAAAUAUCAAAAACCUAGGGCAUCAAAUUGCACAGGAAAUAUACUAUGACGAUGAUAAUGCCGAAGAAGUUCGACAUUUCCACUAUAAACAAGAACUCCAUCAUAAAUUUACUGUUAGCUCCAUUAUUGGAUUGGGGUUUUCACUAAUGAAUGUCCCGUUUGGUGUUGCGUCGACUCUUUCGAUUGGCUUAGUAUGUGGUUCUAAUGUUACAAUCCUAUGGGGUUGGGUGAUUUUUGGUUUAUUUUCAAUAAUGAUAUCAUUAUCUCUUUCUGAAAUUGUGUCCAAAUACCCUACUUCGGGUGGUGUCUAUCACUUUUCGAGCAUAUUAGCCAGUGAAAAGUAUAGCUUGAUCACCUCAUGGUUUGACGGGUGGUAUUUGAUCAUUGGCAAUCUUUUAAUGUUUGUGUCAUACUCAUUUGGUGGAGCACAAUUUAUCCUCUCAAUGUUUGGACUCCUCCAAUCUAGCUAUAAGAAAGACAGUCUUUUCAUUAUGUUGGUUUUCGUUGGUAUAGUCGUUAUUUCAGCCAUUGUUAAUCUUAAAUUUCAGCAUUACAUAGAUAAGAUCAAUGAGUUUUGUAUCUAUUGGACAUUUUACACAGUUUUAUUUGCUGACAUCCUAAUUCUGCUCUUUUCUUCAGAAUUUCAUAAUUUCAAGUACAUUUUCACGCACUUUGAUGCGUCUAGAUCCGGUUGGCCUGAUGUAAUUGCCUUUCUUAUAGGUGGUAUCCAGUUUUCAUCAAUGACUUUUAAUGGCUAUGGUGCCAUUGUCUCAUUAAGUGAAGAAGUCAAGUCUCCAGAGAAGGCAAUUCCCAAAGGCUUGAUAUACUCUAUUCUGGCAAGUACUAUCACUGGUUUGAUUUAUAUAAUACCACUUUUAAGCGUUCUUCCAGAGCUGAGCAAACUCUUGGAUGACAAUCCGGACAUCUUUCCAAUUGAUAUUGUUCUUCAAUUAUCUACAAGGUCGUUUUUGGUCACCUUCAUGAUUUCCUUGAUGAUCGUGGGUGCAGUCUUCUUUGCCUCUAUUGGAUCUCUUACAACUGUUUCCAGAACAAUUUUUUCCUUUAGCAGAGACCACGGUUUACCUUAUAACUCUCUUUGGCAGCAGCUUGAUACUACAAAUGAAAAGGAAACUGUCCCCAAAAAUGCUUUGCUUUUGGCCGUUGUUACAUCAGUAAUUCUCGGCUCGUUCUCGCUCAUUUCAACAAGUGCAUUUAAUGCUUUUCUUGGGUGUUCUGUCAUGGCUAUGAACAUUGCAAUUGGUAUUCCAAUUUUAUGCUUGAUAAUCAAUAAAAGGAAGAAGGUGAGAGGGGCCACAUUCAAACUUAGGAAAUUUGGUUACGUUGUCAAUAUCUGCAGUUGUUUUAUUAUCAUCCUUACAUGCAUCAUUUUGUGCUUCCCGCCAUCCCUCGAUAUCAAUAUCCAAUCUAUGAACUACUCUGUUGCUGCAUUUGCUAUAUUUUCCAUUGCUAUAGGCUUUGGAUACACGUUUUGGGGUCGGUAUAACUUUGUGGGACCUUUACUAGACGCUACUGAAGAUUCACAUUCAGGGCUUUGA